UCCUCAAUGCUUGACGGGGCGGAGCAGCGGACAUGCGCUGAGCUGGCAGACUCAGAUCCGCUCCGCUCCCUGCGCUGCGCCCGAGGAGAGGAGACACGGACAGUCUCGCGUCCGGGGUGCUGGAGACCCACAUCAACACUCACUGUCUCCAAGGACAACAUUUGGGCCCCGGGACAGCAAAGAACCUGAACUAAAUAGCAAAAAUUAAACGCUGACAGAAUCCGGACUCGAAGCUUUUAAUAGGGGACGUCUCCUCUCCAUCGCCUUUGCGCACGACCACCCAUUAAAAACCCCUCUGGACCAGCGUCGCCAGCAAGCGAUGCGCCCUGACGACAAGACAGCGGUCACAUUUGUUUUUGUUUGCGCAUUAUUAUUAAUCUAUCACAUUACGGACACCGUUUUGGUGUUGACAUACAUUUAACGGGUUUCUGGUUUAUGAAACUGUCAUAAACUAUAUUUAUCUGUCUAGUUCGCGCGUUUCAAGUCUUUAAUUUUUGCUUUUUUCCCAUCACUGUCAUGUGUAUGCCGACAAUGCGUUCAGACUGCAUUAGAUUAUUCAGCUUUUGGUGACAGUGAUCUUAUAGACAUUUCUACAUAUAUCCUUGCAUAUCUGGCGGGCCUUCCUUGAGUCGUCUUUGGCAAUCGUAAGGAAUUGGAUCAAGCAUUCCCUGUGGAAAGUUUAAGGUGGAGACCAGUGCCAUAACAUAUCCAGGAGGUUUUUCCGAAGGUUGAAGGCUCAGGACCACAUGCUGUCAUGCUGUCCUUAGAUGAGCCACUGGACCUGAAAGUGCCCAGGGGGCGGGUCAAUGGGCGGGACAGAGGCACCAGAUCCCCGUCCGCUCUCACGCCCUCUCCAAUGCAUGCCAAGGGGUCCGGCCAGCUACGCAUGGCAGACGAUGGUACAGCCGUGAUUGUCCCAGCAUCUCCUGCUUCUCCACACACAGCAGGUGUCCUGCAGGAAAAGUCUGAGACCCCCUCACCCUCAGCUGUGGACCUCAGUAUGUCACCGUCCUCUCGCAAUACCACCUGCUCUCCAGAUCUCACCAAUGGACACGGCUCGGCUCCGGUCUUUCAUGGGGACACGGCUCACAUCCGUUACGUAGAGGGCGGGGCCACUUCUCAAGCUUUCCAGUUUUUUGUGCCCAUUGGAGCAGGAGGAGGGCUUCACCUGCCUUCCUCGAUGUUCAUUCGGCAACCCAAGGACACUCGAGCUUCUCCGGACCUCUCCGCGGAUGAACAGCUGGCCUGUCGGUGGAGAAAGUGCCACCUGCUUUUUGACUCCUUGCAAGACUUGGUGGACCAUGUCAAUGACUUUCACGUGAAGCCUGAAAAGGAUUCUGGGUACUGUUGCCACUGGGAGGGGUGUGCCCGCAAAGGGCGGGGCUUCAAUGCAAGGUACAAGAUGCUGAUCCACAUCCGCACUCACACCAACGAGAAACCUCACCGCUGUCCCACCUGCAACAAGAGCUUCUCUCGUCUUGAAAACCUCAAGAUUCACAAUCGUUCGCACACAGGUGAGAAGCCUUACAUCUGCCCUUACGAGGGCUGCAACAAGCGUUACUCCAACUCCAGUGACCGCUUCAAGCACACUCGCACCCACUACGUGGACAAACCCUAUUAUUGCAAAAUGGUGGGCUGCCUGAAACGCUACACAGAUCCCAGCUCUCUAAGGAAGCACAUUAAGGCUCACGGGCAUUUUGUUGCCCAGGAACAGGGAGGUCCGGGAGGCGUGGGCUCGCUGUUGAAGCCCGGGUCGGCUAAAGAAUCCGAGCUGACUUACGUCAAUGGGGCCCACAUCAUCAUUCCCGGGGCGGCAGCUGCUCUCCUGGGCAGCCAUGGCCUGCAGGGUCUGGGAGGCUCAAUACCCCUAAGUCCCCGCCCCUUGGACUUGAGCAAUCUGGGCUGCCCGAGUUCCCCUCCAACUGGGCUUCUGUCCUUCGCCGGCUCCCCGCUCGGCCUGGCCAAAUCUUCCCUGUUGUCUCACGCCUUCUCCUCUUCUGCACUCGGGCUACCCGUUGUACCGGUUUUGGCCUCGGAGCGCAGGGACCACGGGAAGGGCAAGGCCAGAGGUGUUGAGGGUGAGGAUGAGAUGCACGGGGGCGUACUCAACCUUUCUACGGGAACAUCCCACGACCCCCUGUCUUGGGUGGUCAUCCCCUCCGGUCAGGUUGUGUUGAAGCCGGCUGUGGUCAACUGAGCCCCGCAUUCCAGAGGAACGACAGGGGUGGGGGGGUGUAACAACGGGGGUCAGAGGUCAAAGGCGAGCAUGUGGGGGGUUUUCACAAAGCAAAUGCAGUCACUCUGUUCUUUAACUUUGCAUUUCUGCACUACCUGCGUCUGAUACUUUUACCUGUUUCCUGUGGUUACAGUUUACUGAGGCAGAAAACAAACCUAGCGUUAAAACUCUGAAAGGUCACCUUUGUUUCAUACCGUUUCUUAUCUGCUACUCUUUUGUUGUCCGUUCAUAAGAGCACUGAUAUGGCAGUCUUAGAAAUCUGUGCUCUUGCUCCAUGAGCCCAUUUUCAUGUAUUUAUACGUAUUUUUAGACAAUGGUGUAUUUGACACACUAAAUACAGAAUCUUAUAUUAUUCUUCAGGAAGAAAUGUUUUAAACGAACAAAUCCUUAAGCCAUUCCAUGCGUUAUGAAAAGACGUAAAGACAUAAAAAUCUUUAAUGCUUUUUCACUUACACAAGCUUGGCUACGUUUGCUAAGAGGUGCUGAGGUCGAGCAAUAGCAGCUUGGUUAUCUGCUUGUAUUGUUUUCAAAGACAAUCAAUGUCUGUUGUACACAGACUGAUCGUUAAACAGUGCUUUCACCCAACGCACCCCUUGCAAAUGUACCUCCUCAGCUCAGUGCUAUCGCAAGUAACAUGACAAACCUCGCAUUUGCUGCUAGCUGUGUCACUGCAACGUAAGCGCAUUUCUUUCGAAAUAGACAAAGUGUUUGAAUGACAAUCUGUCCUCUAAGGGGAAAGAAAUAGAAACAUUGACUAGUUAAGAUUUACAGACACAAGACUCACUGAGUUUUAAGUCAGACGAGGGCACAAACUCAGCUAGCAGUUAUGCUAACGCCCCAUAGAGAAACAAGGCGCUUUUGCAAGUACUGCCAUCUUCUGGUCAAGUGAUGUACUGCACGCUGCUGGCUGAACCAAUAUCUGAUAGUAUUGUCCUAGGUUGCAGUAUAGUAGCACAGCAGGAUAUACAAUUGUUAAAAAAUAUAUUUUUCGCCAACUCGAGAGACUCUGACUUUACACCGAUUUGGGUGUAUCACAAAAAUACUGUCCUAACUUGCCUAUCUCUGCUUUUAUUUCACAUUUAAACUAUAGACACUGUGCCAAAUGUGACACAAAACCAACCUUAAUAUUGAAGUGCAGUAAGUACCAUUUAAACUGGAUAUGCAAGCAAGAAACAUUUGGAAAAUAAAUAUAUGUAAAUUAAGUAUCCCCCAUGCAUCAAUAAAAACACUCUUGAUAAAAAAUCUGUAACGCUUUACAAUAAGGUUGUAUUUGUUAACAUUAGUUACACAUUAGCUAACAUGAACUAGCAAUGAACAAAAUUUUUACAGCAUUUUUUGAAACUUUUAACAUUAGUUAAUGCGCAUUAAACUAUAAAACAAUUGUAUUCACUGCAAAAAAAUUAUUUUCAAGAAAAAAAUUCUUAGUAUUUGUGUCUUGUUUUCAGUAAAAAUAUCUUAAAAUUCUUAAAUUAAGAUGCUUUUUCUUGAUGAGCAAAACGACCCAAGAAAAUAAGUCUAGUUUUUAGACCAAAAAUAUCAAAUUUAAGUGAUUUUGUGCAUAAAACAAGCAAAAAAAAUCUGCCAAUGGGGUAAGGAAAUUUUUAUAGAAAUGUUCUUGAAUUUAGUGUUUAAGAAAAAAUGGGUUUACUUACCCAUUGGCAGAUUUUUUUGCUUGUUUUAUGCACAAAAUCACUUAAAUUUGAUAUUUUUGGUCUAAAAACUAGAUUUAUUUUCUUGGGUCUUUUGCUCAUCAAGAAAAAGCAUUUUAAUUUUAUUACAUUUUUACUGAAAACAAGACAAAAGCAGAAAGAAAUUUUUUCUUGAAAAUAAUAUUUUGCAGUGUUGGCCAUAACUAAACUGAACAAAGAUUAAUAAAUGCUGAAUAACUAUAUUGCUCAUUGUUAUAUCAUGUCAACUAAUGCAUUUACUAAUGUUAACAAAUACAAACUUAUUGUAAAUUGUUUGUGUAACAGAACAGACACAUUUAAAAAAAGUUUUUUAAAUAUCCUUAAAACACGUAUUGGACAUCAUUCAAUUCAGUGCAAACUAAUGUUACAUUCCAAGUGAAAUAGUCACACUUCCUUCAGCAUGACCCCACCCAAAAAAACACUCCCCCGAAAUGUUUAAUCUUGUUUCAUAAUGUUUAUAUUUUGUUACGUGUAGAAACUAUACAAUUAAUGCGUUUUUGUUUUACUGACGUGACAUUUCCUGAUGUUGAAGUUGCUUCAUUUCUGAUCUCGCUGCUUUGUGCUCAGCUUUCUCCAGCCCAGGAGUCGAAAGUGAAAUGCAGGAGGAGAUUUCCACUGCUUUUUUGAGAUCUUAGCAAACAUUAUGUCAAAAAGUGUCUUCUGUCUAUAUAAACAUAGUUCGGUAUGACAUAACCAAAUGUAUUGACCAAUGGUUUUCAACUGAACUGGACAUCUAGUUUUACAUUGUUUACCAUAAAUGUUGCCAACAAAAGUCAGAUAUUUAAAUGUAUUAACAUUACCAACAGUGUGUCCUGUCCCAGACAUCAGACGACUCCGGGCCGGAUUCGUGCCAACGUCAGCAGAUCCAGCCCGGAGUUGGCUGCCAUCUGGUGCGAACGUCCCUGUAUGGUCCAGCAGUUAAAAUGAGUCCAUCUUUCUGCUUCACACACGGCUUUUUUGCUGGUUGGAGAAAGCUGAUUUUGACACAGACCCUUCAAGGUCUACAUCAAUGUUCAAUAUCAAAUAAGCUGUUGACAUUUAACCCUUUGAGCACUCUGGAGUCCAAAACGCCUUAGCAAACAAUUUCUGAGAUUUGAGCAAUAAAUUUAAUAGCAGGGAUGAUUAAAUAUUCAGUGCAUCUGAUGUCAACCGCGUUGUCCGUCAGUAAAUAUAUGGUACGGCAAUAAAGCACCACGUCUAAAAUAAAUGAUUAGAUAUUUGCUUAGAAAAUAAUUGUGUUUCUAACACACACACACACACACACAGUUCACAGAGAUGCACAAAGGGUUAACAAAAAGACUAUGGCCUAGAAAGGCCUGUUUUCAUUUUUAUUUUUUCCUUUUUUGCACAUUUUGAGAUAUUUUAAUAUCAGUAUUUUGAUUUUUUCCAAGUGCCUUUUAUUAUAGUUGAAAAGUAGAUGUAAUACAGUAUAUGAAAAAUAAAUAAAUAUAUAUAUAUAUAAAUAAAUA